CACUCAGACUCUGCCGCUUUUGACGGCGGCACCGCAACAGCGAGGCGCAGACCUCACCGUCUCGCAGCGGCCGCCACCUCUCCUCCCACCAUCACACCCCGCGCCAUACUCCCCACAUCCACCAUGGCGCUCAAGCUCAGAACCACCGCAGACAAGCUCUGGAGCGAGUCGCAGCGCACGGUGAUGCUUGCCAUCGCCGAUGCCUUCGUGCCGCACCUCGAGGGCGAGGCGGCCGCCGACAUCAUCGCCGCGCUCCCGCAGGAGGCCACGCAGCGGCAGCGCGACCUCGUCACACGCUUCGCCACCGAGGGCUUUGCCGACCACCCGCACCUGCUCGACUGCCUGGCGCACCAGGCAAAGGCGUCGCUCAGCGCAAAGACGCUCGGCGACAUCUCGCUGCUGCUCACCAUCCUCAGCACGCGCGCCGGCACGCUCGCGCUCACCGGCCACAUCACCGCCUUCCCCAACCUCGACCGCAAGACGCGCGAGGGCAUCCUCACCGGCUGGCUCGCCUCGCCGCUCGCGCUCAUCCAGAAGGGCGCCGCCGGCUUCAAGGGCCUCAUCCUCAUCACCUUCUACCGCUUCAACCAGACAGCCUGGGAGGCCGUCGGCUACAACGACGCGCCGGCCGAUGACUGGCAGAAGUACCGCAACGAGAGCAACGCAAAGGAGUCGCCGCUGCACAACUUCAAGUUUGAGAACGACCGCGUGCACGCGCAGGCAGCCAGCUCCGAGAUUGUCAUCGACACCGACGUGCUCAUCGUCGGCUCUGGCUCGGGCGGUGGUGUGGCGGCCAAGUACCUCAGUGAGCGGGGCCUGCGCGUGCUCGUCGUCGACAAGGGUGGCUACCUGCGUCCGGCGGACGUGACGGGCCGCGAGGACCAGGGCUACCCAGCCAUGUACGAGGGCGAGGGCCUGCUGCCGACGGAGGACGGCUCGGUCAACGUGCUGGCAGGCUCGACGUUCGGCGGCGGCACCACCGUCAACUGGUCGGCGUCGCUGAAGCCGCGCCACUUUGCGCGCAAGGCGUGGGCGCAGAAGCACGGCGUGCCGUACUACCUCAGCCCGGCCUUCACCGACGACCUCAACGCCGUGUGCGGCCGCAUGGGCUGCAGCACGGCCAACAUCAAGCACAAUGUCGCCAACUCGCUGCUGGCACUCGGCGCUCAGCGCGCGGGCCAGCCGUGCGACGCCGUGCCGCAGAACACGGGCGGCCAUGUGCACUACUGCGGCAAGUGCCAGCUGGGCUGCGUCAGCGGACACAAGCAGGGCGGCACGGUGACGUGGCUGCGCGACGCCGCCGAGACGGGCAACGCGGCCUUCAUGAUCAACACGGACAUCCGGCGCCUCAUCAUGGAGGGCAAGGACAAGCGCACGGCCGUCGGCGCGUACGCCGUGUGCGAGGGGCGCAACGUCACCAUCCGCGCCAACCGCGGCGUCGUCGUGUCGGCGGGCAGUGUCAACACGCCGGCGGUGCUGCAGCGCACGCCGGAGCUGAGCUACAACAAGCAGAUCGGCCGCAACCUGCACCUGCACCCGACGUCCGUCGUCGUGGGCUACUACGACUUCCCGGUGAAGCCGUGGGAGGGAUCGCUGCUGACGAUGGUGUCGAACGCCGCCGAGCUCGUCGACGCCGAGGGCUGGGGCUGCAAGCUCGAGGUCAUUGCCUCGAGCCCCUCGAUCCACGCCGCCUUCAGCAACUGGCAGAGCGCCGAGGAGCACCGCAAGAAGAUGCUGCGCUACUCGCACAGCUUCACCAUCAUCUGCAUCACGCGCGACCGCGACGGCGGCCGCGUGUUCGUCGACGGCGAGGGCCAGGCGCGCAUGGACUACACGAUCAGCAAGCACGACCAGGCCAGCCUGCUGCAGGGCCUGCUGCGCGCCACCGAGAUCCACAUGAUGGCCGGCGCGUGCGAGAUUGCCACGGUGCAGACGGGCGUCGAGCCGUUCAUGCCGGUGCUGAGCCAGCACGGCCGGCCCGUCGGCGACGAUGUGCCGCCGGAGACGACGGCGCUGCCGUCGACGUCGACGCCGGCGAACGCCGUGUCGCGCAAUCUGCUCGACCCGGAAUUCCAGGCCUGGCAGGCCAAGGUCGAGAAGGCCGGCGCGCGCCCGCAGUGGACGACGAUCGGCUCGGCGCACCAGAUGGGCUCGUGCCGCAUGGGCGGCAAGCCGUCGCACAGCGCCUGCGACCCCGAGGGCCGCGUAUGGGGCGCAAAGAACCUCUGGGUCGCCGACGCCUCCAUCCUGCCCGAGGCCACGGGCGUCAACCCGAUGAUCAGCACCAUGUCGUCGGCACGCUACGUCUCGCGCAACGUCGCAAAGGACCUCGGCGUCGAGCGGCCCGUCGGCGCCGACGCCGUCGUGCGUGAGGCUCGCAUCUGAGGCUCCUCCACUCCCCGCUCUGCUUCCAUAUCUGCCAUAGGCACGUCACGCAUAUCCCAUUUCCCCCUGCCGUGCUCUCUCCGCAGAGUCCUCUGCUCAUACCGCUCCGCUGCUCGUCCUGCCUCAUGCCCCGCUUGCUAUACGAAAUCGGAAUGCCGUCCGACUGAAGC